GGGCGUGGCUGAGCCCGAGGAGGGCGGUCUAUGCAUUAAAAGUAAAGAAAAGAUCGCAGCUCGGCUCAGUUUGGCAAGCCUCUUCCUGGUUUACCUUAUCCAUGGACAGCAAGGCGGAAGAAGCAGGUUGUCUGGAUCCUGAUAUUAAAGACGAGGGUCCAUCUGCGCCCCCUGCUGACCUUCUGGGUCCCGUGUCUGGCUAUGAAGGGACACCUACAGACUGGGGCGGUGAAGGCAAUUUGUAUCCCCCUCCACCGGACCGCGCUAAUAAACCUGAAAUUGAUCGGAAUGCAGCAGUUCCACAUGUUCGGGUUCCCACUGUUUCGGAGGAUGUUGCCAGAGAGGCACUUGUCCAGUAUGCUGGUAGUAAAUGGACCUGGAGUCGAAAACCAGCUAGAGAGCUUGUUUUUGAAGAGUUAAAGCCAUUCACCAUCUACAGGUAUCGACUGGAAACAUAUACAGAGUCUAGAGCAACUGCCUGGUCAUUUGAACCAUUUACUGGUCAGCUAGUGGAUGGUCCUCAGUAUGGAAUACCACCACUUCCUUGGGAUGUUGCUGUUGAGGUCCCACCCAUGUACAAGGACAUAGAGGAAAAAGUCAAAGUGCCACACACAUCAUCUGUAAAGGAAUGUCACACUUGCUAUGGAAGGGGAAAAGUCCGAUGCAGCCACUGCAAUGGAUGGGGAAAGGUACGCUGCUCAUCGUGCUUUGGCUCAGGACACAGUCAAGGAAAACGAUGCACAUGGUGCCAUGGAGCUGGACGUAGAAGAUGCACUUGGUGUGGUGGAAGUGGACAUAAAACCUGUAAUGUCUGUAAAGGACACUGCAACCUGCUGCACUAUAUUCUUCUAACAGUAACCUGGAAGAAUCAGAUUUAUGAACACGUUCCCAACCGGUGCCCUGACUUUCCUAUAAAGCUGUUUGAAAAAGUCAGUGGAGAUAAAUUUUUUGUUGAUGAAAAUGUCUUGGUUUAUCCAAUAGUAGGAUUUCCAGAUGAGGAAAUCUGUGAAGCUUCUAAAAAAGGAAAUCAGGAGCAUUUGGCCAAAUUUUCAAAAAUGCGCAUACUACAGCAGCGCCAGACGAUUGAGUUGGUCCCCCUGACCCAGGCCUUCUACAAAUACAAAGAUCAGCAGUACAAUUAUUAUGUGUAUGGAACUGAAAAUCAGGUUCACGCAACAAAAUAUCCCACCAACUGUACACUACUCUAAUACACGGAAGUUAGUAUUUUUUGUGCUUUUAAAAAGAAUGAAGGAAAAGCAAAGAAGAAUAAGCUGAAUUGUUGAUACCUUUAUGAUGUGAAGAAGUUCAUUGCUCUCGAAGAGUUAAUUUCAAGUUUGUGCUGCAAAUAAAUCCUAUUGUUUUAGCUUUAUACCCCGGCACAAGCAGUACUGCACUGGCAUUAAUACAUUUUAUUCUUGAAAAUUGAUUAAUCUAUUAUGUAUAAUGUGUAAACUAAAACACCUAUAACUGAUUAUCAUGAAACGGGUAAGGCAGUCUAACCCGGCUAAUAAUGCAGUUUUAGUGUUCCCAGCUAUUUUCACAAUGAAGUCUUUAGCCUUCCAUUACGUGAAUCACCUCAAUCUUCAGAGAUUUUAUGCAGAUAAGUCUCCUUGCUUCUUUAUCAUUUGAUCAUGCCUGCUAAUGAGUUGUAUGCCCGUAGUGGGGUUGGCUUACUCUCUGGAAAGUUUCAG